AUGGCCUUUCUGGAGUCGUGUAACGCCAACGAGAGGGAGAGGUUUUCUCCAUUAGACUUAGAGCCAGGAGAAAUCUAUUUUGAAGAAUUUGCAGUAAUUUACUAUCCACCAUCAUCAACGGAAACAGAUGCUAUAAAUAAGCAGCAAAGAGGCAAAUUGAAGAUUUGUUCCAAAUCAGUUGUCUUUGAACCAAAAGAAACAAAAUACUCACUGUUGAAGUUUCCAUUGAAGAAUGUUAAGAAAUUGGGAGAACGUGAAGCAAAUCUUUUUUCAAAGAUUGAUAUACAAGGAAAGUCAUUUUUUAUCGAAUGCAAUCUGGUGGUGAAAAUCAAGGAAAGGAAUAUUGUCUCACCUUAUGUGUAUGUCAAGGGUGAAGGUGAACACAUCUUCAGUCUUGUAUACACAACUGUGAAUUCCUGUUUACCUCAGAUUGCUCAACUACAUCGUGCUUCAACAUUGGAUAAAAUAGAGCAGGCAGCAAUGAUCAACACGAUUGUGCUGGCAAGACAAUCACGUAUUAUGUUUGAUGCUUCUUGCCUUGAAGACUUCCAUGAAAAACGUGUGAUAGAGAAACAAGCUGAACGUAUAACACCUUUAGUGACCACUCCUGGUCGUGUUGUACUUACCGAUGCUCGCCUUUAUUUUCAACCCUUUAGUGCUACAGGCCCAAUGUCUUCAUUGAAAAUCCAAUUGAAACACAUUCACCAGGUGGUCAAACGACGCUUCCUUCUCCGACAAGUGGGUUUGGAGAUUUUGUGCACAGAAAGAGCAUCAGUACGUCAUCUUUAUCUAACUCUUAAAUCCCAGUCUGAGCGGGAUGAAUUGUAUGACAGCAUUGUGUCCUAUGCAGAUGUUGACAUGGAGGAUCUUGAGCAAGAGAAUAUGAUCUUAAAAUGGCAAACAGGCCUUAUUUCCAACUUCGAUUACUUACUUUAUUUGAACAGAAUGGCUGAUCGCAGUUAUAAUGACUUAACCCAAUAUCCUGUGAUGCCAUGGGUCAUUGCUGAUCACCACAGUCAAAAACUUGAUUUAACCAAAGAGUCUACUUUCCGGGAUCUAAGUAAACCAAUUGGAGCUUUAAAUUCCGAAAGAUUAUCUAAAUUGAGGGAAAGGUAUGAUGAAAUGUCAGAGCCAAAAUUUUUGUACGGGUCCCACUACUCAACGCCUUGUUAUGUGCUUUUUUAUCUAUCCAGAGUUGCUUUAGAAUAUUCUUUGUGUCUACAUGGAGGACGUUUUGAUCAGCCUGACCGAAUGUUUAAUAGUAUUGCAGAAAGUUGGUAUAAUUGUCUACAUGGUGCUUCUGAUUUCAAAGAAUUGAUUCCAGAAUUUUAUGAAGGAGAAGGAGAGUUUCUUGUCAAUAGACAAAACAUAAAUUUUGGUGUACGGCAAAAUGGGCGGCCUGUUGGAGAUGUAGAACUUCCUCCCUGGGCAAAAGACCCUAAAGAUUUUAUUCAGAAGAUGGCUGCUGCAUUAGAAUGUGACUGGGUUUCACGUCAUCUACACCACUGGAUUGACCUAAUAUUUGGCUACAAACAAACAGGUUACGAAGCAGAAGCUGCUGAUAAUGUUUUCUAUUAUCUAACAUAUGAAGGCUCUGUAAAUGUAGAACACAUUGAUGAUGUGAAUGAAAGAAACAGCUACGAGACACAAAUAAUGGAGUUUGGUCAGACUCCAAAACAACUUUUUACAGAGCCCCACCCACAGCGCUAUCACAUCAACAAUCCUUACUCCAUAUUGCCUGGACCUAAAGACACAGUGUUCAAGAACUCAGUCCGAAGAUCUGAAGACAUAAUGCCACAUUCGAAUAUAGCUGCUUGUAACCAUGGUGAUGGAAUGAAGACAACAUCUAGAAAUUACCAGAGGAAAGACUGGCAAGCCUUACAACCUGUGCUCUCACACUCAUUACAUAAAGAUUCUAUACUUGAUGUUCAUUUGUCACCUGAUGGUAAUUACAUAUUCUCUGCAGCCAAAGAUGUUCACUUCAAAAUGUAUUCAGUGAAGGAUAAAUGUCAAUCCCGGAGCAUCAACUUAUGUAAUAUGACUCUAUCAAAAUGCAUUCCUGUGAAUGAUAAUAAAACUGUGAUUGUGGGAUCUUGGGACAACAGUGUUUAUUUUUACAGUAUUGAAUAUGGCCGGAUCUUAGACACUUUACCUGCUCAUGAAGAUGCUGUGUCUUGUUUGCUGCUUUCUGGUGAUAAACUGUUAACUGGUUCUUGGGAUUCUGAUGUGAAGGUUUGGCAUUAUUCCAGUGAGAUGAAUGUCCGACUUUUCACACAGGAACGUCUUAGUUCUUUAGAACACGAUUCCAGUGUCUAUUGCAUGUCUGUUGCUGCUGAUGGUACCCUGUUGGCUACUGGUACCAAAGAUGGAGGUGUCUUUGUCUGGGAUCUAACAGAAUAUUAUCUUCUUAAGCACUACAGAUGUCACAGGGGACGUGUGAAUACAGUAAUAAUAAGUCAAGACAAAACCCAAUUGUAUACGUGUGGGUCUGACAGUUACUUUAAAAUCUUUGAUCUUUAUUCUGGUAUUGAAACUUUUAACAAGAAAAUGGAACAUGAAAUCAAAUGCAUGUGCUAUUUUGAUGGCUAUUUAAUAUUUGGUACAAGUACUGGAAGUGUUUGUGUCUGGGAUCCCCUCAAUUCUCGUCAAGUUGAUCAUAUACCUGAAGCACACCAAGGAGCUGUAACAACCAUGCAUGUUCAGAACCGUGAGAUUGUAACUGGUGGAGAUGACCAUAAAGUGGUGUUAUGGCGGGAGAUCCCAGCUUAUUCAUCUUACCUCUAG